AAAAAAACCCAAAAGGACAGGGCUAUCACAGACAACCCUGAGGCUACGUCUGAGGACAGGAACAAGUACAAGUCCUGCUACGACCUCUGCAGAGUGAUCAAAAGAACAAUAUAGGGUCAAGGGGUAAUCAUUUUACACAGGGUCCGAUGCCUGCCGUAUGUGGCAGGGGCUACAGUCCACUACGGAUUACAAAGGAAGACCCAGCCGUGAUCUGCCCAAUGAUGCCGCUCUUCCAGAUGAACUCAUUGCAUUUUAUGCACGAUUCGACAAUAACAACACCGUGCCGUGCGUGAGGGCCCCCACCGACCCAGAGGACUGGGUGAGUAAGAGGCCGACGGAGUAACCAGGAAAACAUUUUGGAGCGACAACUUCCGAUCUGCACUGGAAAACGGAGUUUGGUUGUGUGAUCUGAUCAACAGGAUCAAACCAGACAUCAUCAAGAGGGUGGACAGACUCUCCACACCGAUUGCUGGACUGGACAAUGUUAUAGUCUUCCUCAGACUAAAAGAGGCACAGCUCUUUCGCCCAGGAGACCUCCAAGACACAUCCACUAGAGUCGAUGUCAAGUGCUGAUCACCAUAUGCUGGCUAGGUAGGAAGGCACAAUGCGAGCCCUUCUAUAAUGGACCUAACUUAAACCCCAAGGCCUUCGAAGGACUACUGAACAUAACAGCACUAUCCAAGGCACUUGAGGAAUCAUCCGGCCAGAGAACCAGCAGCAGCAGAACAUUUCGAGAAAGAGACAGUGGUUUCAGAGACAGCUGGUAUAGUGGGAGAGAGGAUAUAUUACCUAUACUGAGAGGAGGAGGAUACAGGGUUCUAGACCACACAGCAGAUCCCUGACAACACGCCCAAAGCAGCAGUGAGGGUUCUGGGAGUGACGCGGAGACGGACUCAGUCUUCAGGAUGGCGGCCGACAGUAACAAGGAUUCACUGCACUACCGCCGCUCGCUGGUCAUCGAGCCUAAAACGACCACGCAGUUCAACCAGUUCCUGCCCACCAAGGACAAGCCAGCGGCCUAUGUGCCAGCGCCGCUCCGCAAGAAGCGGGCCGAGCGCCACGAGGACAACCGCCGGAGCUGGGCCAGCCCCAUGUACACGGAGGAAGAUGGCACCUUCACAAGACUGCUCCAAAAGCGCGCAGUUGCUAACGAUGGGAGCAAAUCAAUGACAGACCUUGCAGUGGAACAGGCAGCCCUGAAGCAAGUAUGCUACGAGGAACUACAGAAGAUCAGAGAGGAGGUCAAGGAGAACGACGACCAGUGGCAGGAUGACCUCACCAAGUGGAAGAACCGUCGCAAGAGCGUCAACUCUGAUAUUGUGAAGAAGAAAGAGGAGAGGGAGCAGAUUGAGCAGACCACAGAGAGCAGCGAAGGAGGGAGCGGUGGUUUCCUGAGGUCCAACCGGAGCUCCAUCGGCAGUCGUCUCAACUCCCUCGCCUUCCUGGACCAGGACGUGUUUGAAGACUCCGCUCCGGUCCUCCAAACCCGUACGCUCCCCCCCAGGAGCUACACCAUCGACUAUCCCUACACCCCCGUUGACCGCCCCAGUCCCACACCCCCCUCCGUGCCCGACCUGAGAGAGGAGGACCCCGCCCCCACUGCCACCACGGCAACCAACAGGGCCUACUCACCCUCCAGGGGUGACAUGAGCAACAGUAGUGACCGUCCCUCCGGUUCAGGUAGCGACAUCACAAACAACACUACCACCAUCGGUCGUACCUCCAACUACAACCGCUAUGUUCCAGCCCCCUCGGAGAGAGCCCUGACCCCCUCGGAGAGAGCCCCGACCCCCUCGGAGAGAGCCCCGACCCCCUCGGAGAGAGUCCCGACCCCAUUGGAGAGAGUCCCGACCCCAUUGGAGAGAGUCCCGACCCCAUUGGAGAGAGUCCCGACCCCAUUGGAGAGAGUCCCGACCCCAUUGGAGAGAGUCCCGACCCCCUCGGAGAGAGUCCCGACCCCCUCGGAGAGAGUCCCGACCCCCUCGGAGAGAGUCCCGACCCCCUCGGAGAGAGUCCCGACCCCCUCUGAGAGAGUCCCGACCCCCUCUGAGAGAGCCCCGACCCCCUCUGAGAGAGCCCCAAGCCCGGCCUUGAGGUACACCAGCGCAGCCAAGAUGGAGGAGACCUCCAGCACCACCAUCGUCACCACCCCCAGCUUCCUCGCAAAACUACCCGAGCCCAGGCGCCCGUGGGCGGGCAAGGUGGCUGAAGAAGUGACCACUUCCACUGCUGGUGGAUCUCUGUACAAACUACAACCACUGUACAACUCGGUGGCGAUGGAGCCAAAGCCUAUGCCUCCCAGUGUGUCUCGGGUUUCUGCCUCUCUCCCCAGGAGCUACAUGAAAUCGGAUAGUGCUCGCCUCACCUCCGUCGUCACGCCACGGCCUUUCGGGAGCCAGUCCACCUGCGUCGCAUCGCUGCCCCGCACCUACACCAAAAGUGUGAACAGCGAGAUGGAUGUCACCAAGAAGUCGUUGGCCCCCAGCCGCUAUAGCCAGGUCAUGAGCUCCGAGGACGAGGCACGUUCCCACUCCAACUCUGCCAACAGCAGUGGAGGAGAAGAAGAGGAGGAGGAAGAAGAAGAAAAGAGAGAGAGGGUAAGGGGAGUGAACCCCACACUGGUCCCUACCCUGGCCCCCUCGCCUGUCCCUCCUCAGGCCAGGAGUCCUUUCACUGCACUCCAGCCCCCGAAAGUGGCCUCCUCAGCCUCAGUCAGUCCUGUACCUGCAAAGGACACAAACCAGGAGAGCUACGCUGACAUGCGGAUCAGUCUGAACCAGAAGCCCAACAGCAGUCGAGACUUUGGCUUCCAGACAGAGUGGGACUCCACUGGAGCUCACGUCACCUCCAUCCAACCAGGCAGCCCAGCGGAGCUGUGCCAACUGCAGGUGGGAGACGAGGUGCUGGCGGUGAGCGGGCACAGGGUGGCAGAGAUGAGCUACCGCGAGUGGAAGAGCAGCACAGAGCAGGCCCUGCAGCAGGGCAGCCUCUCCAUGGACAUACGUCGCCACGGCAGGAACAACUGGGACAGAGACCUACCUUCCCUGCCGUGUAAAAGCCAUAAGACCAUCAAUCUGACCAGUAUGAAUCGUCAUCCAACACUUCUAGGUUCCCCCAACACAGCCUCUGUUAACUCAACCACCAGCUUGGCUUUCACAUCUCAGGGAUCCAUAGAAACCGCCAAGGAAAUCGCCAUCCAACAAAUCAUUGAUGUGGCAUCCAUUGGAUUGAAUGGAGGCUCCCGUGACAAGACGGUGACCAUGAGAAACAAAGAGUCUGUAGAACCCAUAUCUUUGAAAAACUUAAAACGGAGGUCAGAGUUUUUUGAACAAGGAGGAUCAGAUUCUGCGAUACCAGAUAUGCCCGUUCCCUCCAUCGCUCCCUCCUCUAACCACUGGUCCUGGGACCUGGAGGAGGAGCGCCGGAGGCAGGAGAAAUGGCAGAAAGAGCAGGAGAGACUUCUACAGGAAAAAUACAGUCGUGACCAGGAGAAACUGGAUGAGGAGUGGCGUCGGGCCCAGCAGGAUGCUGUGACUGACGGGGGCAGACACCACCAAGAAGAGCCGAGCAGCAAGAGUAUCAGCCUACUCUGCCCUCUCCGCCAGCCCAUCCCGCCCUGGGAGGACCAGGAGGAAGAGAGGAGGAGGAGGAGGGAAGAGGAGGAGGCACAGCGAAGACAGGAGGAAGAGAAGAGGAGAAUGGAGGAAGAGCAGCGAUGCCAGGAGGAGAGGAUGAGAACGGAGGAGCGAGAUCUACUGCAUCUUCAGAAGGAGAGGAAGAGGGAGAAGCAAAAGGAGGAGGAGAGGAGACAGAGGAAAGAGGAGGAGCUGAGAUGGCAAAGGAGGAAGGAGGAAGAGAGGGAGGAGGAGAGGAGGCACCAAGAGGCUGCUAAUCAACAACACAUGGAGAAUGCCAGAAUGCAGGAACAGAAGCAAUGGGUGAGGGACUCCCGUGGCUAUGCCAAGGUCCAGCCUGAGAUAUCAAUGGCAGACAGGGCAAAGUCCAAAUCUGCUCCAGAGCUAGACGACGUGGAGAAACCAGAGACUAAAAGCUGGUACAGCCGCUCGGGGGGCAUGGCCCAGAAGUUACUGGAGGAGGAGUUGAGACGUAAAGCAGACAAAAAGGCCCAGAGUCUUCAGGCCGUGUCCGAGCUGGAGUUGGAGAGGAGAAACAUCCUGAAUGCCAUGCGAUACAGAGAACCAGAAAGAGUGACUAGCAGCGGUGGGCUGGACGAGGCAUCGUGGAGGAAUGGCCAGCAGAGCCUGUCCCAGGCAGAGUUAGAGAGGCAGCAGAUCCUGCAGGAGAUGAAGAAGAAGACCCAACUGACCACAGACAAAAGCUGGAUCCGCCAGCACACUACCACCAGCAAGGACCCCACUGCCAGCCUCAUCAGCAGAGGUGAGUCUCUGGACAACCUGGACACUGCGCACAGCUCUUCUUGGCACUCAUCGUGGUCAACCUCGUCCAUCCCCAACUACAGCAGGCCUUACUCAGAGCUUUCCGGCCUCAACACCACAUCCUUCUACGGUGAUGGUGGCUACAGCGGUGGUGGCUACAGCGGCAGCAGGGUUGGUGGUCGUCCCGGCUCAGCCACCCUGCCCUCCUCCCUCUCCAUGAGCUCCCUCAGAGGGGCCGGGGGGAGCAACCCGUCUUCCUGGUCCCAAUGCUCGCCAUCGCCAUCUUCCUCCCCCACUCCUUCUCCUGGCCUCGAACCCGAGUCACGCCAAUCCUCGCAGCAACGCAGCAGGUCAGUGAGUGGCAAGAAAAUCUGUACGUUCUGUGAGACAGCGCUGGGCAAGGGAGCCGCCAUGAUCAUCGAGUCCCUGGGACUCUGUUAUCAUUUGACCUGUUUCAAGUGCAUUGACUGUAAGUGCGACCUGGGAGGAUCAGAGGCCGGCGCUGAGGUCAGAAUACGGAACCGACAGCUCUACUGUAACUCCUGCUACAUGCGAUUCAAAACUGGACAGCCAACCUCCAUGUGACAUCGCUGUACUACAGCAGAUUGAGGAAGAGACCAUUCUUGACAACAACCCAUGAACACUGCAAUCACGACAACAAGCCGUAACACUUUGCUAGAUGACAACUUUAGAUGUAUUCAAUGUAUAUUAUGAUUCUGCAAAAAGCCCUUUUUCUUCAAUGAACUACUAUCUUAUUAUUUCGUAUUACUGUAUCCAUGAGAGGGUGAGAUUGAGAAAAAAAAGUUAACAUGUUUUUUUCAAAGUAUUAUUAUUAUUGCCGAUUGCUUGUACACAUUUUGAGGGAUGUGCAUGCACCUGCAGGUUUGAGAGUUUUACCUGGAAAUAGGGUUGGAAAAUUCUGAAAACUUUCCAAAAGUUCCCAGGUUUUUCAGAAAUCCCAGAUGGAGGGUUUGGGGAAUUUUGCAAACCUAGCUGGAAAUAAUACUGGAAAUUGAUGUUGGUGUUGUCCAUAAGGUUAUUGAUCCUGAUUACUUCAUAUUUCAGAAACGGAAGAGUUUCGUGCUAGGCUGAGGGAAGCCUGCAUUUUCUUCUCCUUUGGGGUUCCAUUUCACCUGUGCCUUUUUUGUUUGUGAUGGUGGGAAGAUUAUUUAGAUUUAAAUGGAUUCAAAAGAUAUUAAAAAACGGGCAUGGUUGGUUAGAGAGAGUGAGCAAUUAAUGGGGAGUUGUUGUUCUUUCUCAUUAAUAGAGUGAAUCUUAUACAUUUGAGAUGUUAAGAUAAUUUUUGCCAGAGAAAAAAUAUAUAAUAUAUGGGAUUGAGGCAAAUGUUGUUCAAUAACAUUUGUAAAUAAAAAUUGUGAUCCAGA